AAAGCACUGCCCGGGCUCCCUCGCCUGCCUAGUAAAACCCACAGAAAGGUACGCCAGCUGGGCUGCCGUCCCUUCCCUUCCCUUCUCAAGAAGCACAGACCUCACUUUUUUAACACGUACCAAUUUGUUCUUGGUAGUGUCUGAAGCUCUGUUGGAUGAAAUGCCUAAUUAUUUUGUAAACACUGUACUUCAAGGGUUUUCUCAGUAGAAAAACAGAAAAAAUGUUCGAUAUUAAGGCUUGGGCCGAAUACAUCGUGGAGUGGGCUGCAAAGGACCCAUAUGGCUUUCUUACUACAGUGAUCUUGGCCCUUACACCAUUGUUUGUAAUCAGUGCAGCGCUUUCAUGGAAGCUUGCAAAAAUGAUUGAGGCCAGGGAGCGAGAGCAAAAGAAGAAACAGAAACGCCAAGAGAACAUUGCAAAAGCCAAACGAACAAAGAAGGAUUAAAUGGGCAAAAAAAGGUCUUCCUUGUGCAAAGAAUCCACUUUUUAAAUGAAACACUUGUACAUUUUGUGUUGUAACUGUCCUUUGAUACUUGAUCCUGUUAUUUCUUGAAGUAUGAAAUCUAAUCGCUUCAGUGUAUUUUUUCUGCUGAGAUGAUUUAUGUUAAAGUUUGCCUGAGUGACACUUGUUACAGUCAUUAAAUCUACUACUUUUGUUCUAGCACAGGUUGCUCUUCUAAAUUUGCAUGUGAAAUUAAAACAAUUAAUCUCUUGGGUGGCUUUGGAGGUAGAUUUUUUUUUUUCUCCUUAGCUAAGCUAUGACUUAACAAGUGUCCUAAAAUUGUCAGAUUAUAGGGAAAAUGUAAAUGGUAAACUGGAUUACAGAAAGGCAAAUUUUGGUAUACCUUCAGCAGAGCUGUAGAGAAGCUAGCUUCAGAGUUAGGUAGCAGCCUUUAAGGUUUCCUUUAAGGACACUGCACACGGCCCUGCGGUUCAUUCAGCUGUGUGCCUGUAGGCCCUGUUGUAGUGUCUUUGAUGGUGGGGCUUGUCUGCAAAAAGAACCUAACUUUUCCCAUUUCCUGAACUACCAGACAUCAAGAGUCUUUAAAUUCAGCCCAAAACAGGAGGAAACUGAUUGCUUGUUCUUAUGACCUUCAUUUGCUUUAAGCCACGCAUGUUCUACAAAAUACACUACUAUGUUGUUUGGUUUUCCCUAACGAUGACCUGAAUAUGCCACUUGUAAGUAGUUUGUUUCUGCUUUCAGAAACUUUAUGUGCCUCAAAGAAUAGCUAUAAAUGGGGUGAGACUAAAGGCCCAGUGGCCUAGUGUGCUGUGGCCCAGUGACCUGUGGGAGAGUACAGGAGGAGGAUGCGUGCACUGGUGACAAUAGUUCUUCCCACUUGGUAACCUUCUGGCUACCUUUGAUUUAGGACCUUCUGAUCUUUGUUCUGAUUUUUGAGAUCUUCAUUCUCGUGGCCCUUGAAACUGCUGCCUUCUAGGUUGCAAAAUGCAUACUGGAAAAAGUCCAAGUGGGGUUUGUGUUGUAAAUAUGCCAAAAUUAUUUAACCUUAAUUCCAAUUCAUGUUUUUCUAAUGGAAGUGAUUAAUUUUUCAAAGCCUAAUUUUUGUUAAUCUAGUUCUAAAGACCUUGUGGCAGUCAUUAGGUUUUCAGACUUAGCAUAUUUCUAAACAGCAGCACAGAGUUGUGCUUUCUAGCAACUAGUCCUUCAUUACUUUAAGGUUUUAUUCUUACACAUAAUACCACUGUUCAAAUGAGGAGACCUAUAGAGCUGGCUGACAU